GAACCCAAAUCCUUCAGGAACAAGUUUACGCCUACGGCCACUCUCCACAACUCAGACAGAUUCUCCAAAUCCCCCUACAUUCGUUUCAGCAAUAGACACUUCAAGACUCACAUUCAACGCAUUCACGCAUUCACCCCAUACCCACAAUUGCCCUACCCAUUUAGCGAAAAACAUUUACCCACCCAAUCCGGCAUUAAUCGAGCAAUCCAAUCAAGAAAUCAAUCACCCACAUGUCGUGCUGCUGGUGUUAAUUAUUCCGUGGACCUCUCAUACCUCCGCUUUCUCCUCAUCCUCGCUUCCUCUCGUCUACUCCAUACCAGCCCCGGUAUAGAAAAAUAGUAUGGCCCGCCAUGCUCUCCACCAGCGCUCGGACUCGGACACCAACGUCCGGGCGUCGGCCCCAAAUUCAGACAACGCUAGCUCGAAUUCCUCGUCGAAACCCUCGGCCGUGUCGCAGGCCCCAUCCCGCUCCUCCACUUCAUCUUCCGGUGGCCGGGGCAAGUACUUCUCGAAACACCAUAAAUCGCAGAAGUCGGCCGCGAGCAAUCAUUCCUCGACCACGGGCGGAACCGUAUCCUCGCGCUCCAACACAGUGCGCUCCAACGUGUCGGUUGACAGCCUGCCCCCGGUACCACCCCUGCGCAUUUACAAACAGCGAAUCUCGUUGCCCGUAUUUCAGGACGACUACUCGUCGGAUGUUGCGACGAAUAGUGGUCGCUACGCGAAGGAAACUGGAAUGGGAGGGGCCAGCGGAUCCGUGGACGAAUCCUAUGCCGCGGAUGCGAUGGAUCCACAUCAAAACCCAACAGCCCCCCAGAGAAUCGCUCCUGCUCUCCCUCGCUCGAUCUUGAAGAAACCAUCGAAAGCUGCUUUGCCGCCCUACACCGAAGACGACUAUCGACGACAGUCAAGUAUAUGGGUCGAUCGCCAGGAGACUGAGUUUAUACCGAAUCGCGCCCGGAUGAAUGCGCAGACGUUGCGGUUGGUCAAUAAUGUUGUUGGGACCGACUUGGGAGAAUCUUCGACACAAGGAGGAGCUAUUGGAGCAGGAGCAGGAGCUAUUGGAGCUGGUAGCCCGGGUGCAGGAGUCGUAAUGGCAGGAGGAAUUUUGAGGACUGCGUCCCGCGUGGGACGCUCGAGAUCGCAGUCGGCGAGCACGACGGAUAUGCUGAACGAUCCGAACGCGCGCCCCACAACCCCAUCCGGUGCCAAACAGUUUCCCGCGUGGGCACGAUACUUCUACGGGCAGAAAGGCGGACGAACCAGCGUUAUCGUACCUAAUACCGAAUCGACGGGCCCGAUCUCGGGCGGCUACAUCUCGAGCCCGGAAGACCGUCGACCGCCGACCGGCCACUCCAUGAUGUCCAUCAGCGAGAUCCCCCGGUACUUCAUGCGGCCGCGCGAGCUCCGCCCGCGAGACCCGGACGCGACCACGCUCUGGUCGCUGCCGCACCUCGACCACCCCCCGAUAAAACACAUCACGACCAUCAACCGCCAGGUGAUCUUCUUCUGCCUCGGCUUCAUGCUCCCGGUAUUCUGGUGGAUCGCGGCAUUCCUGCCGCUUCCCGAGGGCGGCGAGAUUACCGCGGACGACCUCGAGGCCGGCGUCGGCGCCGCGAACUUCGUCAUCCCGAAAGAGGCACGCAAGGCUGAAAUGGCGUUCGAGCGACGAGUCGCUAAUGCCCGCUGGUGGAGACGUGUCAACCGCGUGCUCUCUGUCGUCGGCGUCAUCAUCGUCGCCGCGAUAAUAGUGCUCGUCGCGCUGGCGUUUCACACCACAUAAUGGAACGGAACGGAACCGGGUGUCUUUUGUUUUUCUCUCGCUUUUACGACUGCGCUUGAGUUUGAGUCCGAAUGUUCGACGAUGACUUGAUACUUGAUUACUUGAUUACUUAACUUUACGAUUGUUCUUACGCCCCUGCUGCUGCUGUCCUUCUAAUGGCGUACCUAUACCUGAUGUCCCCCCGCUAGCCUAGCCUAAAUGUGUUUGUUCCUCUUCUUCUGCUCCUCAUUCAUUUCUUUGUUUAUAUAUUUUUGG